AUGGCCGAAGAGUCCAUCCGCCGGCGUGCCGCCUGCGAUCGGUGCCACUUACAGAAGAUUCGCUGUCCUCGGAAGCCAGGCCAAGAUGUCUGCGACCGUUGUCAGAAAGCCCGAACGCCGUGUGUCUUCAGUCCUUUCCGGCAGAAAAAGGUCCUCGAGGGAGACCUUGAAGCAGAUGAAAGGUCGGCGUUGUCUCUGGCAUCAAAUGCACAAAGCGAAACCACAGGAAGCAAUAUCGGCUCAUCUCUUCGGAAGAGACAACGUAUCCAGAGCUCAAUUGAAAGACAAGAGUCAAUCAUCUUCGACCAGGACUUCAUGCUCUCAGGCUCUGUCCAAGUCGACACAUCGCCAGAAGAUGUGAUGAAUGACUGGAUGUCAAAUCCAUUGCCGUCAUUUCAAACCCUCCCAGACUCUACAUUCGAUGACUUGAACCUGGCUGGCCAGACCCCAUUCUUACCCAUGGAUGCCACUGGCCAAUGGCCAAACACUUUUAAUGAGCCACCACCAAAGAGGGUCGAUUGCAUGAUUCAAGCAAGAAAGGAAGCUAAUAUGAGUCGAACCAUCAAGAAUACAUCAAACCUUGCCGAAAAUCUACCUGCACAGCCGAGCUCUCUUGGUUUAUAUGGCUAUUCGAUCCAUGACCAUUUAAGUUUUGAGUCACUGGAUUCUCAUUCAGAAAGCGAUUGCAUUCGCAAGUUAUCGCAACUCAGCACAGAUCUCUUUGAGCACAGCAAUACUAUUCCUCCGAUGACCAUUUACGAUCCUCCUCUGGCAGAUAUGGGAGACGAUGGAGUCUACCAAGCCACACAGGGUUGUCAGGACUAUUCCAAGUAUCGUGUCGACGAGACCCUUCGUCUCACUCAGAACCUGAUCGAUAUGUACCCGGCAUUUCUCAGUGCAUUCCUACCACACCUGACAUCCCAGUUCUCGAAUGCAAGUUCUACCUGGUCAUCCGACAGGAUGUCAAACACGAACUUUGAAACUGCUCAGCAUCCAUCGGCAAGCUCGACAACUUCAUCAUAUAAACGUGCUAUACAGAGCCUGGAUCACUCUGCCAUUCUCCUUAUUCUAUCCUGCCACUUGCGCCUCAUAAGUAUCUAUGAAGCUCUAUUCCAACACAUGAAGAUCUGUUUCGGCGAACGAGGCGUUGUAAAACCACCACAGCAAGCAACAUUAGCGGUGCCUCAACUAAAGAUCGGUGAUUUUGCACCACCUCCGUCAGCUGCGGUGCCUAUGCAGAUGCUCCUCUUGGUCCAAUUUGCAUCGCGACUAUUCAACUAUGCUGCCGACCUGGCUUCGGAGGUUAGAGAGCCUGAAGGCACUCCCGAGAGCGAUUCUUCAAAUGGAAGCCCGAGCGACGAUCCUUUAGCACUGACUCGAGCUGCUGCUGAGAACGUGAAAGCUCGAGCAAGCAAUAUGUCGCAGGAACUUGGGGCUAUGAGGAUAUUGAUGUUCCAAACCGGACACCUUGCUUGA